AUAGUGAAUUUUUAAAAUAUGUUAUGACUAAUUAACAAAAUAAAACAACGAUUAUAAUAAAAUAAUUGGGUCGGUAAAUUUACGCGCUGAACAACUCAUAAUAGUCCUUGAACAAAAGUACUAUGACGUGCCUAGAGACUGACGUGAACAUGACGAUACUAUAAAGAUUCCUUUUUAUAUUACGGAACCUUAAAUAUAUAAGUAAAACUUUGAUAUAAGGCUCUGCUCAUUACUGACAUGUUAACAUCUUGUAACGCUUUUGUUUUACUAAUGAUAAAGCCGACACACAAACAAAUCCCCCAAACUUAAAUACUUACAUUAGAAACUCCAUGAUGCUCAAGGCUAGGUAGGUACUCAAUUUAUAAUUUUACUCAUUUAGUGAUUGUAAUUAACAGAUCCGAAAAAAUAAAGUAGACAGUGCCCUAAAAUAAAAGUACGCAAGUGCCCACUAACUAUAAACAGUUAUUUUUUUCGUUCCUUUGGUUACUUCUGGUGAUGUUAUUUCUAUGGACUUUGUGGAUGAUUCUUAAUGUGACGGCGUAAGAAUCAUUCAAGGUGAAGACUCGCGGUGUCAUGGCAAAACCAGUACACCGAGUGACGUUGUAGUGUGCAUGUGUAUUAACGAUAUUUUGGCACUUCCUGCGUUAUCUAUCUAAACUCCCACUAACACACAACCAAUUACUUUAAAAUUUCGUGUUAUUAAAUCACAAUCACUUAAUAAAAUAAAAUUUACGCAAGCACGUAAUAUUAAGUGUUUCUUAUAUAUAUUCAGUAAAUUUACUCCGGUUCAAAUUAUCAUAACAUUUUAUUUUUCAUGUAUUUGUGUUCUUACCUCAUAAAUAUCAUAAUAUAUCUAUGUAGGUCCCUUUAGUAAUCUCGCAAAAUAGGGAACUAUUAUAAUAACUCUAGGGCGCGUAUUACCUGAUGUAGAUACUUUGACACUAUGGUGAGCAGUACGUAAAUAGUGGACGAGAUAAAAAUAUAAAAUAUAUCUCAAUUAUUUAUAUAGUGUUCACAUAAUAUCACAGUAAGUAUAGAUUUAUUUACUCGUUCUUCAUGUUAUAAUCCUGCGUAAGUGCCAAAUACCCAACGCGUGGGUGGCCCCUGAAAGGCUUCAAUGAGUAAUUACCUAUGUGAUAUGGAAUUACCUACGUUUGUAACUUUCAUUAUUGCUUGGCAAUAAGAGAUCAUAAUAAGGCCGCUGAGCGAAUACUUCCGCAGUCCACGCAAGAUUCUGCUCACCUAUGAUAAAACCAGUUAAACGUAAACAAAGAUAAAGUGUACAUAAAUGCACACUACAUAAUACUGGUCUCUAUCGCUCCUGCACAUACCUCAUAAACGAAUUGAGGAUGCAACCUCGCUCUGUUCUAAUAUUAGUUUAUCCAUUACAAUGAAUUGGUCACUGGGUUUUAUUACUGAGUCACUUUAUUCGCCUUUGUCGGCACAAUGCUCACGCACAAUUUUUCUGCACCAACUUCCUGGAUCCUUCCAAUGUUUUAUGUCAAUGAAAAUAAGUACUUAUCAAAAUUUUACAAUACUCAUCAUUCCUCAUUCCCUAUGGAACCUCACUUCCGGUUAUCUGUCCCCUCGCUACGCUAGCGCCGAUAAAAGAUUCAAUACAGAUUUUUUUAAUAAAUAAAUGCUCUAACUAUUAAAUAUCAGAACUUCUUUAACAAUGUUUAUAUAUUUACGGUUUAAGAAUCUACCUAACGUUUUUCUAUAUAGGCACCUAUAUAUAUAAACUGUAUGUAUGUAUUGUAAAGUAUAAUUGUUACCGUUACAAAGUGAAUAACAAUGAAUCUUUUUCAACAUAAUUUAAAUGAGUCAUACAAUUACUUAUGCAUAUCUAGUAGGUCACAAAAGUUAUUUACUAACCUCUGGCUGAAUGAACAGGAUGAAUUAUAUUUUAUUCUUCCAUUACCUUGGAAAUCAUUGGUCGAACUAGUGUUAUCAAAACCCCGAUAAAGAACAAGUCGACAACUCCAAUUCUAGAUAGUCCGAUGUCUGUGAUAUGAAAUCGAUCCUUAGAGAUACAUAAUACACAGUGGUAUGGUAGUGAAUUAUUCCUAAAAAUGUUUAGUGUCAGUUAAAAUCAUGGGUUGUUGCGGAGAAUGCUGUGUUCCGCCUAAAGAGUCCAGAGAGCCGAUCCGAUACGAUCCUGAUUUCAAGGGUCCUGUACACAACCGUUCCUGCACUGACAUUAUAUGGCUCAUCUUGUUCAUCCUAUUCCUCGGCGUGUGGGGCUAUGUCGGUUACUACAGUAUAACCAGAGGAAAUAUAGAGAAUCUUUUAGCACCCAUAGACUCCAAAGGACGACGUUGUGGAUUGGACUCUGGGCUCGAAGACAAAAAAUAUUUAGUCUUUUUUGAUAUAUCGAAAUGUCUAUCACCAGACAGCCCCAUUGUGGGUUGUUCCACACCGCAGGUCUGCGUAAGCAAAUGCCCAGAAAGAUUUAUUCGAUUCGGAACAGAACUGACUCCAGCUACGAUGGAGCAGUUGAGAUCCAGUAUGGUAUGCACCGACGACGUCAACGUCCGAGAUAUGACUUACAACCAGGCAAUGCAAUAUAUAAAGGAAAAUAAAUGUGCACCAUAUGUAUUGCAGAGUCAACCAGUUAUAUCCCGCUGCAUCGGCGAUCUGUCUACCAUCCAAUGCAAGGGUGCAACAACGCCCAGUUCAAAAGCGUUCGAUAGCGAAAGUGGGAGCGUCUGCGUACGGAACACUGAAGAGGCCCGAAAGUCUCUACUAAACAGAGCAACGAUCCUCGACACAUACCUCGGCUGGAUCUCCGCUAGCUGGGUGACGACCUUCACGAGGAACGAACGAGAAACGCACGUUCUGUCAGCGCAAAUAGUCCAGGACCUGGAGCAAUCCCGCUGGUACCUCGCGGGCGCGCUUGUGUUCGUCGUCAUUAUCUGCUUCAUCUACAUUCUGUUGCUGCGCUGGGUCGUGGUGCCUGUCGUAUGGGUGUCUAUUGCUGGCCUCUUUGGAUUACUUGGAUUCUCCUUGUACCUUUGUUACAAGAACUACGAGUAUUAUCGCGAUAAUCCAGUGGGGCUAUACCAGACGACAAACCUCAAAGGCUACGCGGAAUCUAUAUUUAGCAAAAAGGAAACGUGGAUGGCAUUGUUAGUCGCGGGUGCGAUAUUAAUACUAAUACUACUGCUUGUAGUGAUUUUCUUGCGGAAUCGAAUUAGCAUUGCCACCGCCCUCAUUCGUGAAGGUAGCAAAGCUGUAACAUCGAUCAAGUCAACAAUAUUCUUCCCGAUAUUCCCAUGGGUACUUCAAUGCGUCGUCAUGGCGUACGGUGUGUUCAUAUUCAUGUUGAUAUUAUCAAUAGGGGAAAACGCAUUCGGAGUUGCAAAUAUAAAAAACGACACUACCUGCGAUUGCGGUGGACUUUAUACUGAGGAGGGUCAGAGCUGUGACCCGGCAGCGUUCGCGCUUCAGUGUCGCGACACGGCAGGCGGGGCGUGCAAGAUGGCCAUUUGCCACUUUAUGGGAAUCAAGAAUCCUCAUAGCGUGGUUUACCUGCAUUUAAUUAACUUGCUGGGCUUUUUCUGGACGCUAUUCUUUAUCAGCGGCGUGUCAGAUAUGAUCCUAGCCAGCACUUUUUCAAGAUGGUAUUGGACUUUUCAUAAGAAGGAUCUGCCAUUUUUCACACUCACGUCCGGAAUCUUUCAAACGCUUAGGUACCACUUAGGCACGGUUGCGUUUGGUGCGUUGAUAAUCGCAAUCGUGCGAGUGAUCAGAGUCAUUCUGGAGUACAUAGAUCACAAACUCAAAAAGUUCGACAACCCUCUCUCGCGCGCCAUAAUGUGUUGUUGUAAAUGUUUCUUUUGGUGCUUGGAAUCGUUCCUCAAGUUCAUCAAUAAGAAUGCAUACAUAAUGUGUGCGGUGCACGGACACAGCUUCUGUAAGAGCGCGAGAGACGCGUUUUCAUUACUCAUGAGGAAUAUCGUCAGGGUUGUCGUGUUAGACAAGGUGAUGGAUUUCAUAUUUUUCCUAUCGAAGCUGCUGAUAUCGAUAGGCGUGGGCUUCGCGGUGUACUACCUGCUGCAGGCGCAGUUCGUGUACGACCUGACGCAGGGCGCGCAGCUGCAUUACAACUACAUUCCAGCUAUCAUCCUCAGCAUAGCCACCUACCUCAUAUGUACUAUAUUCUUCAACGUGUACGCGAUGGCAGUCGACACGUUAUUCCUUUGCUUCUUGGAAGACUGCGAGAGAAACGAUGGAUCAGCAGAGAAACCAUACUUCAUGUCGAAAAACCUAAUGAAAAUAGUGUCCAAGAGAAAUAAACAACCUUAACCUCGUGCCAAAUGAACAUAUACGUGUUGUGAAAUUCCUCAAUUGCUUACACUAAAUACUUUAUUACUUUUUAAUUGUCACAAAUGUCUUCGAUUUUGGAUACUUUUCAAGUGAUUUUUGAUCGUUUUUUGAUACCUAUUCGUAUUUGUAAUAUAUUUUAUUGUAAUUUUAGAUAUAAUGUCUUUACAGUAUUUAAUUGUAAUUUAAAUACUAUUUCUAUAAUGCAAAAUGUCCAGAUAAAUUGUUAUACAUUUAGAGUAAUUUAACUGGACUAAAAAAUGCCAAAUAAAAAUAUUAUUUAAGUGAAUAAAUGAGAUUUACGAGAA